CGCUUAACCGACUAAGCCACCCAGGCGCCCCUCUUUCUGUCUGGUUUUUGGGUGCUCAGUCCAUGGUCUUCCUUGUGUCUACUCACCCAGCAGGUGCAAGGUCAUCCUUAGGCCUGUUAACUCGUGAAAAGUGCUAAUUCUUUGUAUUUUACAGAUAUUUGUUCUGAUGACAUCUUUCUAGUAUAUACACAUUUCCACAUUUUUCAAGCAGAGAGGGAAGUGUUUGGUCUUUUCUCAAAUGGAAGGGGAAAGUGGUGGUUCUUCCUGGAAUCUCUUGGUCAGCGUUUCCCAGUCCCAGCUCAACUGGAUUUGGCAAGAUAAGGGAGAAGGCAGAUGUUUGCCCCUCCUAAACACUGGGGUAGCCACGCCGACCUGAGUGCACAUUGGAAACUCCCAGGGGUGACCAGUGCCUGCACCCCUCCCCCAGAGGUUCUUACUUCAUCAGUCUGGGAAAUAGCCUGUGUGUUAUUAGGGUUUUUACAAGCUUCGUAGACGAUUCUAACGUGCAGGCGUGGCGGCCGAAGCCCUGGUGGAAAGCAAAGUUGAGUAAGCAGGCCGUCUGAAUUUGUAGGUACGAAGGCUAUCUGCUGUUUUCCCGUCUUAUAAAUGCAAAAACAGUACCUUCUUUGCCUUUCUAUCUCCUUUGCUGCAAGAAUAUGUCCUGAUUUAAAACAGAUUCGACUUAAAACACAAAGCCUCGGCCAGAGAAAGUCAGCCAGCUUGUUUUCCCGCCCAGCUGCUCCCUCCCUCAUUCAGCAGAGAGGAAGAGGAAGAGGAAGGGGCUCCCGGCUGGCCCAGUCAGCACCGUGCGACCCUUCAUCUCGGGGUUGUGAGUUCCAGGCCCACAUUGGGUGUAGAGGUCACUUAAAAGUAAAGUCUUCAAAAAAAGAGAGAAGGAGGAAGAAGCUGUCAUUUGGAAGCACCCGUUUCUGGGCAGCUGGAGGACUGGGCACCCACGGUAACUACAUAGUUUCACCAGGUCACGAGCAGCUAAUUUCCUCUGCCUCUUCCACUUCUUUGAAAGGUUUCUACUGAUUAUCCUCUUGACUUGAACCACAGCGAAACCUUCCUACAAACCACAACGUUUCUUCCCGAAGACUUCACCUACUUUGCAAACCAUACCUGCCCUGAGAGGCUCCCUUCCAUGAAGGGCCCAAUAGACAUAAACAUGAGUGAAAUCGCAAUGGACGACAUCCAUGAAAUCUUCUCCAAAGACCCAGCCAUCAAGCUCGGAGGUCACUGGAAGCCUUCGGAUUGCAUGCCUCGAUGGAAGGUGGCGAUCCUCAUCCCUUUCCGGAACCGCCACGAGCACCUCCCAGUCCUGCUCAGACACCUGAUUCCCAUGCUCCAGCGCCAGCGCCUGUGGUUUGCGUUUUAUGUGGUUGAACAGGUCGGCACCCAGCCUUUUAAUCGAGCCAUGCUUUUCAACGUCGGCUUUCAAGAAGCAAUGAAGGAUCUGGACUGGGACUGUCUUAUUUUUCAUGAUGUGGAUCACAUUCCAGAAAGCGAUCGGAACUACUAUGGAUGCGGGCAGAUGCCGAGACACUUCGCAACCAAGCUGGACAAGUAUAUGUACCUGCUUCCUUACACCGAGUUCUUUGGUGGAGUGAGCGGCUUAACGGUGGAACAGUUCCGGAAGAUCAAUGGCUUCCCAAACGCUUUCUGGGGUUGGGGCGGAGAAGAUGAUGACUUAUGGAACAGAGUACAGAACGCAGGCUACUCCGUGAGCCGGCCAGAAGGCGACACUGGGAAAUACAAAUCUAUUCCUCAUCACCAUCGAGGAGAAGUCCAGUUUCUUGGAAGGUAUGCUCUGCUGAGGAAGUCCAAAGAACGGCAGGGGCUGGACGGCCUCAACAACUUGAACUACUUUGCAAACAUCACAUACGACGCCUUGUAUAAAAACAUUACCGUCAACUUGACACCCGAGCUGGCUCAGGUGAGCGAGUACUGAGAGGAGGAGAGGAUGUAUGUGCUUUACCCGCCGCCACCCAGAAGGCAGCCUGGUGUGAUGUCUGGGGGCUCCACACAGGAAGAGAGUAGAAAUACAGUGUCUGAUGAAGGAUCACAGGGUUCGAGGGGGAAAAAAAAUGUGAACAGUGUCCACGCACAAAACGCCUUCACUGUGGCUUGGGAACUCCCAUCACGAGGACUGGCUUUCUAUUUUCACAAGACGACGUCUGUCCUGCUGCUCUGCUCCCCCGGUCUCCUGCCCCAGCGUCCCGUCUCAGCCAGGACCUCUACACCCGGAACCGAGAUCCACCACGGUCCCACCGCCGAGCCCGUUCCUCCUCCAAAUGGCCUUUGGAGCAAAGAGGCAGCCCCACCCCAGGGCAGCGCAAGUGAAACUCCACCCACCAUUCUUCUCCAUCUCUGGUGUUCUCUUCGGUUUCAUUUUUUUAAAGGAAAAAAAUAGAUAAAUAAAUUACCUGCUUUGGGUGGGGAUUGAGGGUGGGGGGGGAGGGAUCGGGGAAGAUAAAUAGACAUAUAACAAUCACUUCUUGAAGAAGUAUAAUUGUAAAUAAGCCAUGUAAAAUGCCUUUUUUAAAUUUAAUUUUAUAGCUGGCUCCAAUUCGAACCGAGGAUUUCUACAUUAGCUCACUUAUUUGGUUGGCAAAUGCAGGAACUCCGUUAAAAACGCAGGGGAAGUGGAAGAAUGUCCCCUCCCAAAUUGCUGUCACUUUGGAAGGGAGAGGAUGCAGGGCAUGUCACCUACAGAACGAGCCGGUCCAGUCUGUCACUGGUAGCUAACUCCUGCCCCCUCCCAUCCUCCUCUUCCGAAAGUCUUUGCUCUUGACUUUUGCUGUGGACGCGCUCUCAUCCAGCCACCUGCUAGACAGGAGCCCUCGGGGGCCUCCCUGUGCACACGCCCCUGGAUUUCUGGACUCAAGUGUUUAUCCUUUCAUCACUGAGAGAGGUGGGGGUGGGGUGGGGUGGAGGGGUUUUCUGCCUCUUUUCUCCUCUUUUUUUUUUUUUCUUUGUUUUUGUUUUUUUGUUUUUGCUCUUGUGGAACUUGGCCACAAUUCCUGAAAUCUGUGCCUAAAUUACUAACUAGCUUCAGUGAUUCCUCUGAAUAUUUCCCUGUUUGGAUUUCUGGAAAGAUUGUCAACAUUAUGAACUAGUACAUAGAAAUAAUGAGCGAUGGAAUGAAGAAUUCAGCUGGGGAGCAGGUGACACUUGUGUGCCGUGGGUUAGCUAGGGUCCUGGUUAGCCCCGAUCAGAGCUUUGCAAAGCAGGCUCCAGGAUGCAAGGACCCAAGCCCAUGAGCUGUGUUCACACCCCAUGCACUUCUUGAAGUUAGAUUCCAAAUUGCCCUCGAAGUUGUGCCUCUCUGUUUUUCCCUGAGCCAAAUCCCUCAAGUUAUAGUUCCUGUUGGCUUCUGCAGGACGCCGACAAAUGCCAGUCUUUUUCCUCUCCUUUUCCAUAAAACAUAUUUAUAUAUCGUGAUUAGGAGUACUUCCUGAAAAGUACUUCAUAUUUUUUUUAAUUGCCUUGUUUGCCUUCAACUUCCUUAAUUUUCAUGGUUUACAUGAAUGUGUGUGUAGGGGGUAUAUUUGUGUAUUCGCGUGCGGGUUGGGGGUUUUCUCCGUUGCAUGUGUUGGUUCCAUGGACUUAUGACCCCCACAAGCUGUGGGAGUGAUUGGCCGGGCCUUGUUUUUUGUUCUUGCUUUUUUGUUCUUUUGAAGAAUAGAAUGGUGUAUAUAGAAAAUAGCAUUACAAAGCUCUUAUCAGCUCAUAUGAGAAGGCAGGUUGUUGCCCUUGAAAAUGCUGGUAAGUUGUAUCCUAGGUUUUAAAAGAAUGUUGAGCAUCUCAUGCUUUGAAAGACCUUCACGGGGGAACAUUACACCCAGGAGCUCACUUGGUUUUCCUUUGUGAAGUCUGGUGCAUAGAGCAAUAAAGAUUUCUCCGCCCUCCCCUCCCCCCAGGCCUGUGUGCUGGCCUUGACGCUUCUGGCCCUUCUCCUGUCCUCCUUCGUCACUGAAGGCCAUGAGCCACUUUCAGUGGGACACAACUAUAUGAUGUCGUUUGGAAGAAUUUGCUGGGAUACACCGAUCCUUGGUUAAGGACGGUGUGCGUGUACCCAGCAGUGUCGUAAAAUGGUCUCGGUCGAAGCUUUUCAUGAACAUCUUUGCCACCGAGAACAAAAUGUUGGCAAGAGGUGAAACGCCUGAUUUUAAAAAGAAAAUGCUGAUUUGAGGACAAGAGGAAAGGUCUCUUUUCACUGCUUGAAGUAAGGUCACUGAAACUAUCUUUGCGAUCACGUGUGAGUUUGUUCUCUUAGUGUGAAAUCGCGUGAAAUCGCUUUACCGUGUGCUGCUGAGUCAUUUACCCACCAAGUUGGGAGUGUCGUGCGGGAAUAUAAAAGGCAAUAUACAACCAGGCCCGUGAGCUGUUAAUGGUGUAAGAGUCUCAUGUUAAAAAAAAAAAAAAAAAAAAGAACAAUACGAACCAAAUGUGACCUUGUGAGUAUUUUGGCAGCUGAAAUUCUUUAAGGCUACUGAUGGGUGACCCCUUAAAUCAGUCUCGUCUUUGAUUGCUGCGUGCAGGGAAAGGUUUCUCGUUUCACGCGGUUUUUCUGGGGGGGGAGGAGUUAUUGCAAAAAUAUUUCUUUUGACAUUACAGGGACUGUUUUGUUGCAGCUCCUUUACCACAGACAUUAAUAGCUGAGCAACAGCCACAUGUACUGAUUGUGUCCACUCACCAUUGACGAUGGCAUUGAACGUAGCUAGCUAGCAUCCUUCCAUCACUACAUUUUUUUUUUUUUUUGAGCUUGCUCUUAUGUUUUAAGAGGUGCCAGGGGUACAUUUUUGCACUGAAAUCUAAAGAUGUUUUAAAAACACUUUUCACAAAAAUAGUCCUUUGUCAUUACAUUAUUUACUCAUGUGUUUGUACAUUUUUGUAUGUUAAUUUAUGAAUGAUUUUUUCAGUAAAAAAUACAUAUUCAAGAACCAAA